GUUAUAGGGUUCAGUAGUGUCAUGUCAUGUGUCUGAAGAACUACCAGCCAUUUGUUAUUGUUCAGCACAAAUAUGUCUUUAGCGUUGCAUGAAGCGGUGUUUUCUGGUGAUUUGAAACAACUUUCACAGCUUCUUAGAACGCAGGAUGUAACACAAAAAGAUAAACAUGGAAAUACACCCCUCCACCUUUCCGUGAUGUUAGGCCGAAAAGUCAUUGUAAUUCAUAAAUUUGCAGAAUUUACUCAGCUGCUUCUUGCUCAUGGAGCUCCUGUGAAAGUGAAGAACCUUCAAGGAUGGUCGCCUUUGGCAGAAGCGAUUUCUUAUGGUGACCGUUCCACAAUUCACCUUCUUCUAUGGAAGCUAAAAAAGCAGGCAAGAGAUCAAAUGGAACACAGACGCCCAAACUUGGUCAAGGCCUUGCAGCAGAUGGGUGAUUUUUACAUGGAACUCAAAUGGGAUUUUCAGUCAUGGGUUCCUCUAGUAUCACGAAUACUGCCAUCUGAUAUUUGUAAAAUCCAUAAGGCAGGAUGUUCUAUACGACUAGACACUACACUGGUCGACUUUUCAGAAAUGAAAUGGGAGCGCGGAGACAUAUCAUUUAUAUUCCGUGGUGAUAAAACACCCAAAGAAUCCUUGACUGUGCUUGAUAACGAAUAUCAAUGCUACCAGCGUGUUCGGUAUGAGGAAACGGAAGCAGAGAUCGAAGAUGAAGUGGAUAUUCUAAUGUCAAGUGAUAUUAUGGCGGCACAGAUGUCAACUAAAAGUAUUAACUUCACACGUGCACAAUCAGGAUGGAUAUUCCGGGAGGACCGUAAGGAAACAAUUGCCGGACAGUAUGAAUGUGAUUUGUAUUGCAUCAAUGGUCUGGUAUUGGAAUCUAGAAAACGCAGAGAACACCUUUCCAGAGAUGAUUUGCAAAAAAAUAAAGCUCUUAUGGAAUCAUUUACCAAAGGACACUCUCAGACUGUCGACCAAAAUGGGGAGAUUCUUAGAAGAACAUCCCUAUCUCCCCCACCAAAUUGUAAUGUAACUUGGGAUGAAUAUAUUAAUGCUGAACCAGGAGAACAUCCAAAAUUAGCCAGGGACUUAGUUUACAAAGAAUCAAGUAAAACUUUUCGUGCUACUGUAGCAAUGAGUAAGGACUUUCCACUUAAUGUAGAAAUGCUUUUGAAUGUACUGGAAGUGAUUGCACCUUUUAAGCAUUUUUCCAAACUCCGUGAAUUCGUAACACUGAAACUUCCCAGUGGAUUUCCCGUAAAAAUUGAUAUUCCUAUCUUACCGACAGUUACAGCAAAGAUAACAUUCCAAAAAUUUGAGUUUCGGGAUAAUAUUCCUCAAAGUAUGUUUGAGGUUCCGGAAACCUAUGUUGAGGACAACAUGAGGUUUCCCGACUUAUGACGUAUCGAACUCAUAACUGUAAUUGAAUUCACAACCAAUCAUCGUAUCCUGUUCGAGAAAAACUAUAUAUCCUUAAAUUUUCCUAUGAUUUAAGUAAUGUUCUAUUUUUCAGGCUUUUAUAUCUUUUCCCUCAAUAUUUAUUUAUUUUGAAAUUUAUUUACAAUUUGGCAAUAUAUUGUUUUGAAAACUAAAAUUGUUAAAAUUCUACAAUCGUUUAUUCAGGGUGUUACAUAAAAAGCCAAAUUCUUUAUAUUAAAAAAAAAACAACUAUAUACGAUACUCUUUUGGGUAAAAAUCCUCUGUUACAUUAAAUUUUUCGAAAUGUUAGUUAACGAACUUUAUUUUUUUGCUCAUUUCUUAUGGCAAUAAAAGAAUAAUGUAAAAAUUCUUGCACAACUCGUUUUUCUUGUGAGAAAUAUUUUGCAUUUCGUUCACCAAAGCACUGUGCGUAAAUUUUUUUUAUAUAAUGCUAUAAAUUUGAUUCCACAUCUUUAUUAAAAUAACAAAAAAAAAUUGUAAACCAACUCAUCUCAAUAAAAAAAAUUAAAGUUAAGUAAAACCAGUGCAUAUCUUUUGAUUACUAACACCAUAAUAUUUUCUAGUCGAUUUUCCUUGGGUUAAAACAGAGGAGGUAUUUUCCUUAGGCUUAGAUGUUCGCUGUGCAGCUUACGGCUAAGAGUAAUAGCGUGAACUGUUUAUAAGACUGUUAAAAAUCUCUUAUAUUCCAAUUUGAAACUCGUUUUCAAUUCCCUAUAAGGAAAUUAACUAAGAAAAUCAGCCUCCUAAUUUCCCAAUAAAUAGUGCUACAAGGGAAUAGUUUACGGAAUCCAGAUGAGAGUGAGUUAAAUGACGAUUAGCCUGUUUUAUUCAUUCCAGCUCAAACUAUGCAAUAAAACAUAUUACAGGAUAAUGCCCAACGUACAAUAAAUUUUGUUUUGUAAACAUGU